CUGCCGUCCCGCCUCGCAGCGCAGGAGGCCGGGCUGGGCCGGGCGGUGCAAGGCGACAAGACGGGCUCGGAGCGGCGGGGCUCGCCAUGGUGCUGGUGGUGGUGAUGGGAGUGAGCGGCUCGGGGAAGACCACGGUUGGGUCGCGGCUGGCAGCGAAGCUGGGAUGGACAUUCUAUGAUGCAGAUGAUUAUCAUUCUCUCGAGAACAAAAAGAAGAUGGCUGAGGGGAUACCACUAAAUGAUGAGGACAGGAUUCCCUGGCUUUGUGCAUUGCAUGAUAUACUAAGGAGAAAAGACUCAUCUAGAGAAGAUGCAAUUCUGGCCUGUUCUGCACUGAAGACGAUGUAUAGGCAUAUAUUAGUGAGUGGUGCAUCUGCCAUGGAAAGCAGGCAGCCAGUGCAGCCAGAAGAAGCAGCACUUAAGAUCCUCUUUGUUCAUUUGGAUGGGCCUAUAGAUGUCAUUGCUGGCCGCCUGGAGAAGAGGAGAGGACACUUUAUGGCACCUGAACUUCUCAAGUCUCAGUUUGAUACCCUGGAGCCUCCUAGUGCACCAGAAAACUUUAUUACUAUCAGUCCAGAAAAAUCUCUCCCUGAAAUAGUACUGGAGAUCGAGCGUGCCAUUUUUCAGGCUGAAGUUUUUCUUGAGUGAGUUUCUGAAUUACACAUAGUAAAAUUCCUUUAAGGAUAUCAAAGGUAUGAAACUGCAUUUUAAGUAUUAAAUUCAUUAUCAACUUAAAAACCCCUUAUUUUCCCCAAUAAUUAAAUGGAUUGCAAUCUUAAGAGCUGUUGGCAUUUUUAUCAUGGCUUUGUAAAACACUUUGUAAGAGCACUUUCUCAAAAUCUGUUACCUUCUUCAACAUUUCACCAUAUGAAGUUAAAAUUCCUGCUGUAGGAAGAGCCUGCUUUUCAAAUCCUGCCAAAAGUCACACAUUUAAAUUUUUACUGCCAAACAUGGAGAUGGGCACAUCUGCUAUUGAGAGAUGAAAUAGAUUUGUUUUAUUUGUAUAUUUUUCUAGAAGAGGCAGAAAUGGCAUGAUGAAGUUCCAUGCUUGAUCCUACCACUGUCUUACUGGCAGAUUUUCAACAAGUGGUAGUGUUUGUGUCCUUGCUAAUCUCACCAGGGUACUGGUGACUUGAGAGCUUUCAUGAACUCUUUUUGUAUGCCUUGAACACCUGAAAAAUGUGAAGAAAAAGGUAGUGGUGGUGAGGCAAUAUACAGAAUAUCAUUGUAUGGAAAGCCUUAUGAAUAAAGUGUAAGUGGCAUCA